CUCAUUGUCAUAGUCAAUAGUAAACAUUAAACCCAGGUACUCCAAAACAAAAAAAAAAAACUGUCCAAAUUGUAAUUGAAUUUAAGCCGCUAAUUAGCGAUAAAUUUUGAAGAAUCCAAAAUAGUUCAGAAGAGUUAAGUGAGGAGCGAUGGAACAAUUUUCACAUGAUUUGACGCUCGCUUUGGAAGAAACCUCCAAAUGUGGUCGUCGAUGGGGAAUGCGACGUCGAACUCGGUCCACAGGGAAUUUACCUUGUGCUCCUUUGCCCACGGAAGACAGUUCCAGCAGUCAAGCGGACCAUAUUCCCCAUAAUAACAACAAUGUAGCUGCUGAUAACAAUAAUAUGCAAGGUGCCAUGUGCGGAGGAAGUAAUUCGAUUCAAAGUGAUUCAGAUGAUCGUCAAGCAUUUACGUUUGCAGCAAAAUUGAGAAAUACGCCGAUGUCGGGGAAUUUCGAGUCAGAUUCGUUAAAUGAGAAUUUCAGUCCAGCAAGACCAAACACUCGUCGCAAACGCAAAUUCAAACGAAUGGCCAUCGAGUACGAAACCACGACGCCAUCAACUCCCGCUCACUCCAACAUGAGCCCGUUACUUCCAAUGAGUGCCGUUAAGAAACGUGUUUUGAAACAUACUUGUCAAGAGAAUUUUCGUGCCAACAUAUUUUUCUGCGGCAAACGAAAGCGUUCUUACCGCGAACGUUACAUGGAAUACGAAAGUCACAAGCAACAUUCGAGCAGUGUUCCGCGUCAAAGCAGUCUUUUCACGCCAAAAGCCUCUUACCUGGAAUACCGAAACCGCAAUCGGGGUCUCACGAAGCCCUGCGAACGAAUUCUUCCGCUAAACAAAAGCAUCGUCUCCAAAAUUGAGAAAAUUUCCGCCGAAACGCGCCAUAAAAUGACCUUCCAGUUCGGUUUCGCGUCAAAUAAUCAGGAAAAUGUGUCACGCCCGCCCCUCAUCACGCAUCCCUCGACGAGUGAGAAUGACGACACGUCGGCCAGUACAAAAGCUCCCGCCCAAAAAUCGAGCAGCGUCGAAGCUGGCAUGCUCACAAGUGUUUCCGCGUCACAAGGAGCCGUCAAGAAAGUCACUCCGACCAAAACUUCGCGCAAAGCGAAACACCGUCGACGACGCCAGAUGAAAAUGCAACUGCAAUUCGACGAAAACAGUUUUAUGGAUUGCGGAAAUUUAAUGAGCUCGUCGUCGUUGAGCAGCAGCGAUUCGGAGCCCGUUUUCGCCAAUGAAAGUGAUCACGAAGGCGACGACGAGUUAACGGAUUGGCCGGGUAACGAAGCGAUGAUAAAUUUCGCCUCGAAGCACGAUUUCAAAAAAGCCCUCAAAACGCGUCCGAAAUUGCCGCAAAUUCCGCAGAUGCAAGACGAUCUCAUUCAGGACGACGAUACGCUGAUGUCGACGGAAGAUGUCAAUGUCGACACGUGCGUUUUGAACAAGUUGCCGGGAUAUGUGCCCGCAACCUUCGGAAAUGGGUUUCAACCGAUGCCAUGCAGUUCCUCGACUGCUGUCUCUACGCCGAGUUCCUCAAGUGUCUUGCGAAGUGUCUCGAUGCCGAUAAAUAUCGCGGAGCCGUAUCAGUACACGACGCAGAUCGAGAGCGAAAUGUCCGGAGAUACCUCAAAUAAUAUUUUGUCGUCGCCGAAUACGUUUACGGAAGUGCGGGAGAUACGGGCAGGAUGUCGGCGGAUCGGAGGAACGCCAGGAUUUUCAAUUAUUACGUCUGUUAAUGAACAACUUGCAAGAUUCCUCCAAGACGACAACCAAAUCCGAUUACGCCUUUUCGACGUACAAGAAAUCGAAAAACUUGAGGACCUGGCAAAACUUUAUUCGUUAACCAUUACACGAGAAAAUGGUUGCAUUGUGCUCGAUAAGACCAGCAAAACAAUGCAAUCCAUCCGAGUGGACCAAUCAAACUUUUCCAAACUCUACUUGAGCGACUACAAACGUCGGUGUUAUGGUGACGACGACAGCAGUGAAAUGGCUGGUUAAUGCAAAAUUUUUAAAAGUUUUUUGAAGAAUUUCAAAAUUUUCUGUUAAAGUAUUUUAUCUCUUGAUAAAAAAAAGAAAAAUAUUUAAAUUUAAUCCUGAAAAAUUAAUUUUAAAAAUCCAAAAAUACGUCACAUAUGUUAAUUUUUUAUCUCUAAGUGGUGUCUAUGCUUAUAAAAUUUUAGUGAUUUGCAUGCAGGAAAAUUUGUAAAGUGCUUAAAAACUUUUGGACUUUUAUGAAUUUAUUCAUAAAAAGUUACUUACCUACUUACUUUACUCUUUCUAUGAGUAUUUGAAAAAAAA